UUGUUCGUACAAGAACUUGAUUUGGAUCGGUCAAUUUGUAUGACAGCUAUAUGCUAUAGCGAUCGGAUCUGAAAAAUAUCUUCGGAGAUUGUUGCGUUGCUGUGGAAAAUAAAUCAUGCCAAAUUUCGUAAAGAUAAUUUGUGAAAUUAAAAAGUUUUUAUAAAAGAACUUGAUUUGGAUCGGCCAAUUUGUAUGGCAGCUACAUAUAUGCUAUAGUGAUCCGAUCUUUACUAUAUAUUUCGAGAUUGCAGUCUUGCCUUGGAAAAUAUUUUGUGYCAAAUUUCGAGAAGAUAUAUUGACAAAUACAAAAAAAAUCCAUACAAGGAAUGGAAUUUGAUCGGUCAGAUUGUAGGCCAGCUAUAUGCUAUACUGAACGGAUCUGAACAAUAAGUUCGGAGAUUGCAGUCUAGCCUUAGAAAAUAAUUCGUGCCGAAUUUCAUGAAGACUUCUUGACAAAUAAAAAAGUUUUCAAUACAARGACUCGUAUGACAGCUAUACUAUAAUAAUAUAACUAAUGAUCCAAAAUUGGCGGAUCCAACAAAUGAGAAAUGAGAAAUGAGAAAAAUGAAUUCCAUAUUCUUGCCGAGCUACUCACAACCGGUGUCGGCACCGCAGACCAAAUCCGUUCAGCUGGCUCAUCAGCUUAUGGACAACGCCGCUAUGGCGGCACAAUUUAGUCGGCGCUUCGAACAACUUUUGCGCUCUGAGAAAUUCUAUGAUUGUGUUUUUCAUAUUGCCGGCGCCCAGUUAAAGUGUCACAAAUUGAUACUCUCCACGGCGAGUCCAGUUUUCGAAGCCAUGUUUUAUGGACCGCUACGCGAACAACAACAAGAAAUCGAAAUUUUGGAUAUUAGCGCCGAGACUUUCCAAAUGCUUUUAAAUUACAUAUACGCCGGCGUCAUAGACUUUGAGUCGCUCACGCUGGAGGACGCUAUCGAGCUAUACUAUUGCGCUGAGAAAUAUUUAAUCACCGAUUUGACCAAUAGUUGUCUGGUAGCGAUAGCGCGCAAGCUACGCUACAACAAUAUAUUACCCGCGCUGGAACUUUGUGUCUGCAUGGAUCUGCGUGAUUUGCUAGACGUUUGCAUGUCAUUCUUUACACGCUGCUGCAUCAAUAAUCCACAAUACAUGACCUCACAUAAGAAUCACUAUGUGCAUGUAUCCAAAGAUUGCAUUAAGGCGAUCAUAGCGGCUAAUAAGAGUGAGAAGACCAGCAAACAGCUGUUGUGGUUCGUCUAUGAGUGGUGUCAGCAGGAAUGUCACGAAUUAGGUUUACAGCAGGAAGAUUGUGCAUUAAUUAUAAAUGAUCUCCAAUUGCCCGUAAGCGGUGUUGAGUGUGAAGAUCAUGCGCUCCAGUCGUCACAACAGCCAAAACAACAAUGCCAUGCGAUUGAACGYAGCUAUUUCAAGGCAUGUCGUCCUUUUAUUGUCGAUCAGGACACAAACGAAUGGACUUUGUAUGUAAAAUGUGAUCGAUUUAUUGCAUUACGCGGUCUGAUUAUCUGUAGUCGCUUAACGCCAAACAUUUCACCGAUGUCGCACUAUGCUUUCAACAUACCCAGCGAGUACUGUGAAAAUUUACAAAUUGAGAUUGUAGCGCCUGCCAUAAAUGCUAACCAGCAGCAGCUGGCACAGAGUAGCGGUAGCGAUGGUGAGAGUGAUGAAAGUGAUCAAGAGCCGAAUGUGGCGAAUGGCGUUGAGACAGUUCURUGGCAGCACAAUGUGGCAAAACAGCUGACAAGAUAUAAUUGUGAUAUGAAUAUCGAGUGGGGUGAUGGUUUGCUGCUAACGCCUGAUAUAGAGUACAAGAUUCGUCUGGUGUGGCGUACAGAUGCAUACGGCUCGGAGUAUCCAUGUAGUUUGCAGUCGGAUUUUGUUGAAGGCAUACGUUUUAGGGAUGUGCCAGCGCAAAUCGGCAGUUUAGUGAAGGGCUUGCGAUUUACAAAUUUAGUUUAAAAAUUGCUACAGAAAAUAUUUGAAUUUUAUUAUUUCAAAACUCUAAUGCUUA